UAGCUUCUUUUUCUGUUUCCCGUAGCUCAGGCAAUCGACCUGAACUCCCUUGAAAGCCCAACAUGAAAGGUCCGUGUGCAACGCUACAGAGACUCAGAACCUGUGAUGUUCUCUAACUCCGCGACUACAGCCAUUCUUCAGCGCGUUCUCUCCGCCUCAGUCACCGUGGACCAGGAACUCAUAUCGUCCAUCGGCAAAGGUGUCCUCGUCUUUGCUGCUGUUGCCCCUGGUGACACUGAGAAGGAGGCUGAAUCUCUUGCUGCCAAGGUGUUGAAGUUGAAGUUAUGGGACGAUGAAUCAGGAGGUCGUUGGAAGAGGAGCGUUCAAGACAUCAACGGUGAAGUUCUCUGCGUGUCUCAAUUCACACUUCUCGCCUCGACAAAAAGGGGCAGCAAACCGGACUUCCACGGGGCAAUGGGUGGAGGAGACGCAAAGAGGCUGUAUCAGCACUUUUAUCGCAAAGUGCAGGAAGGCUACGCAGCGGACAGAGUGAAAGACGGCGUCUUUCAGGCCAUGAUGCAGGUUGCAUUGGUCAACGACGGCCCGGUUACACUCGAGGUAUCGACGACGCCAAGGCAGGAUGGCCUAGACAAGAAGGUGAAAGGCGGCGGUGAGGCAUCAGCAUGAAAGCCGCAGGAGGAGGCGAAGUAAUAAUCGAUC